CCCGCCGACCCACGCCGGAAACGGAAAAUUAAAAAAACACCCCCAAACCCUAAAGCCCUGCGCCCACAGUCCGCCCCAAACUCUAGGGUUUAGUGACGACCGCCUUCUCUUCGCGCGAUCCGGUCACCCGCGUUAGUGUCCACGCCCCAGAGGCGGCGGUGGGCUGGCGACGAGGGAGGGGGCGGCGGAUGCAGACGGAGGCGAGCGUGGGGAUGGCCGCCGCGACCGUGGACGGCGCCGCCGCCGUCGCCGCGCGGAGGUACUCGACGCAACAGCCGCAGCCGCAGCCGCAGCAGCACCACAACCAGCCCAAGCUUGGGACGACGCUCCACCUCCUCGCCGGCGGCGUCGCCGGCGCCGUCAGCAAGACCUGCACUGCGCCGCUCGCCCGCCUCACCAUCCUAUUUCAGGUACAAGGAAUGCACUCAGAUGUGGCUACCAUGCGCAACACUAGUAUAUGGCGUGAAGCGUCGCGCAUUGUCUAUGAAGAAGGGCUACGAGCCUUCUGGAAAGGAAAUCUUGUAACUAUUGCACAUCGGUUACCUUACUCCUCAAUUAGUUUCUAUACUUAUGAGAGAUAUAAGAAUUGGCUUCAGAUGAUACCUGGUCUCGACAACAGUGGUGGAUUAGGUGCCGAUGUUGGUGUCAGAAUGGUAGGCGGUGGCUUGUCUGGGAUAACUGCAGCUUCUUUGACAUAUCCACUGGACUUGGUACGGACACGUCUGGCUGCUCAGACGAACACAGCCUACUACAGGGGCAUAUCUCAUGCUCUUUUUGCGAUCUGCAGAGAUGAGGGUCCCAGAGGGUUGUACAAGGGUCUUGGUCCCACUUUACUGGGAGUAGGCCCCAGUAUAGCAAUAAGCUUCUCAGUUUAUGAAACUCUACGUUCGCAUUGGCUACUAGAGAGGCCAUAUGAUUCCCCUAUCUUUAUCAGUUUGGCUUGUGGAAGUCUUUCAGGAGUUGCAUCAUCAACUAUUACCUUUCCAUUGGAUCUUGUAAGACGCCGCAAGCAGUUGGAAGGUGCAGCUGGGAGGGCCAAUGUUUACAAGACAGGACUUGUUGGAACGUUUGGGCAUAUUAUUCAGACAGAAGGUUAUAGAGGGUUGUAUAGAGGGAUCUUGCCUGAGUACUGCAAAGUGGUUCCAAGCGUUGGCCUCAUUUUUAUGACAUACGAGACACUGAAGUCCAUGUUCGCAGGAGGGGCAUCAGAUGAAUAGAUCUCCAAAGUCCGAUCAUGCUUGACAGUUUUGACACCUGGGCCAGAGUAGCAUUGGAGGUUAUUAGGGAGGGAGGGGGAGGAAGAGAUGUGUUUGUAGCAUAUGGUAGGAUUUAGGUGGUGCUAAAUUUUGGAGUUCAUUACGUAGCAGUAUCAUCAGACAAUAUUUAUAUGGCUAUAGGUUUUCUUGUAGUGCACCCAAGAAGAUCAGUAAGUGCCAUAGGUCUACCAAAAUUUUGCUGUCCACCCUUGUUUUGUGUAUGUUCACGUUUUCAGUUGGUAAUGUACUGGCUACCAUCUUCAGCCUGACAAUUUCAUACCUCUGGAGCACGGCCUCUGAUAUAAUUUAUGUUGUUAUACAGUGAGGUUAUGACUUA